AUGAAGAAGAGGGUGCAGAAGUUCAACCAGGAGUAUAUCUCCUUUGAUGCAAAGGACGAGGCCGACUAUCAGGCCCAAAAUAAGGCACAUGUGGAAGACACCAUCGCACAUGCCCGUGCUAAUGAUGGCUUGGAUCGGAUCGACGAGGUCUUCAUACCUACUCUGGCCCCAGAGAAGUCCAGAUUCCAAGUAGGCACGCCAGCGCAGGACCUUGAGCUCAAGGUCUCCACCGCACCAUGGACUUGGAUACCGUCAUCUGGUUCCGGGUUUUGUUCUCUUAGCUGUACACAUGGUACUUAUUUUCUUGCCAACUCAACUUCUUCAGUUGAUCCUUUUCCAUCAGACACGGGCCCCGAAGUUACCGAUGAGAACGGUUUCCGGCUGUCUGGCCUUUACUACAACGACAUAUGGCGUGUUGGAGAUGAUAAUCAAUUCUAUAUAUUCAUCUCGGGGUGGAGUAGUCAUAGAACUUAUGGUGUUUUAGGCCUUGGUAGUGCGACUAAUACCACAACUGCUUCUGGCAAUUUCACGCUGGCGGCGGCUUUAUCAGAGAAUGGUCACAUCAACACAAGUGCAUACAGUAUCUGGCUGAGCAAUCUAGUUGACAAGGCCUGUUCGAUACUCCUAGGCGGGGUAGACAGGCAGAAGUUCCAAAAUACACAGACACGAGUCAAAUGCCAUCCUUUAAAGUCCUCGGACACGUCCGUCGAGUCGCUUGGGAUAGAGCUUGCCACAGUCACGGCUGUGAGUGCAUCUGGAGUAGACGUGCUUCCGUGUGGAAUAUCACCUUUGGUUGUCGAGAUAGUCAUGGGCUCAAGCGCGAUCACUCUUCCGGGUGAUUUGGUGGACGCUAUAUACGAGGAAGUUAGAGCCACUAGACGAAAAGGUCCUAACAACACGUAUGGUGACGUUGCAAUCGUUCCUUGCUCUAUGGGGAACAGUCCAGCUUAUUUCUCCUUUCGGUUUGCGGGCCCGGCUGGUCCUAUGAUCAACGUUUCCAUGUCUUCGAUUGUCGUCCCAUAUGAUCUUGAGCCGUCAAGCAUAAGCAACACCAUGUUCGAUGAUGAAGCUAAUGGUUCCUGUCAAUUAGCUGUAGCACGAGGUAGUACUACAUUCACAUUACGGGAGGCUUUCUUCCGCUCCGCAUUUAAGAAGUCAUUUGCUAGUUGA